AAGAUUUUCCCACAGCAGAAGCUUAUAAAGCAUAGCAACAGAUUCGCAUCUGUCUCAAUUUGCUGUGUGCCUUGCUUUGCAGUCAGAACUUCUCCAAGAAUGCCAGCUUACACAAUUACGUAUUUCCCUGUCAGAGGGCGCUGUGAGGCGAUGAGGAUGCUUUUGGCGGACCAAGGCCAGGACUGGAAGGAGAAUGUGGUUGAAAUUAACAUGUGGAUGAAGGGAGACCUGAAAGCUAGUUGUUUGUUCGGCCAGUUGCCAAAGUUUGAAGAUGGAGACUUCACCCUGUACCAGUCCAAUGCUAUGAUGAGAUACCUGGGCCGCAAACAUGGACUUUAUGGAAAAGAUGACAAGCAAGCUUCUAUCAUUGAUAUGAUGAAUGAUGCGGUUGAAGACCUCCGACUCAAGUACAUCAAACUGAUAUACCAGGAAUAUGAAACUGGUAAGGAAAAAUAUAUUCAGGACUUGCCCAAUGACCUCUCCAAGUUUGAGAAGAUCCUGUCUGGCAAUAAAGGAGGCUUUGUAGCUGGUGACGAGAUUUCUUUUGCUGACUACAGCCUCCUAGAUGUGCUGCGAAAUCACCAGGUCUUGGCCCCAAAGUGUCUGGAUUCCUUCCCUACACUGAAGAGCUACGUGGAUCGGCUGUCUUCCCGCCCCAAAAUCAAGGCUUUCCUGGAGUCGGAUGAGCACAAGAAGCGUCCCAUCAACGGCAAUGGCAAGCAGUGAUGAUCCCGACAGCUACACAGGAAUGGAAAUCCACUUUGUUCACAGUUAGCCUUGGAGUUCUUUUUUACUACUCGACUUGAGGCUUGACAGUCCUAGCCUGAUGCUUGUGAGCCAAGCUCUUUAGUUUCUACACAGUUUUGAUAACCACAGUUCCUAUUGUGACAACCACCUAGCUUAGUUCUGUGUUUAAUAAAAUCUCUCAGAAACCUUU